AUGAAGUUCCUGAUUGUCUUCGCCGCCCUCUUCGCCGUGGCCGCCGCCGGUCUUCUACGUUCUCCGUCUAGUGAAGUCCAAAUCCUUAAGCAGGCAUCCGAUGUCAGUGAAUCGGGCUUCAACUAUAACUGGGAGACUAGCGAUGGCCAGGCUGCUCAGGCCGCAGGUCAGCUGAAGAACAUUGGAAAGGAGCAGGCCAUCGCCGUCAAGGGAUUCUUCUCCUUCGUGGGCGAUGAUGGCCUGACCUAUAAGGUUAACUACAUCGCCGAUGAGAACGGAUUCCAGCCCCAGGCUUCCCAUCUGCCCGUUGCUCCUGUGGCAUAA